AAGUCAUGAGAAAGUCCAUGUGUCAAUUGAAAACAGCCUCAAGCCAAAAACCUGACAUCCAUCCAUUAUGUUUCAUUGAUUGAUCUUGGAAUUCCAACGACCAACCAUGUCUCCCUCCGAAGAAAACGGCAACAGCACUCGUAAUCGUCGCUCCUGGGAAGAAUUAGAAGUGCGACUCCAGCUUCGAGCUUUGGAAAAGCAAUGCAAUGAGUGGAUCUCACAAGACCAUCCCCAGAUUGGGCAGAAAACCCGGGCUAACCUCCAAUACAUUGACCGACAAGUCCAAGCCCUUCAACGCCAUCCACAGGCUCCGAGUCGGGAAGAUGGGUUGGGUUACCAGAGGAAAAUCGAGUUUCUGCGACAAACGUUAGAUGGCAUUGAAGAGCGCCUUCCAGAGCAAAGUCCACAUCACGCGCCGGUCAGCUUAGGCGUUGAUGUGCCCUCACUCGGAUUAACGCGUGAUACGCCGCUGCAAUUUCCUCAGGCGCAGGCAGCGCCCAUGCUAAAGCGUACUAGCCCGAAUGAAACACCCACACGCUUACCCGUCAUUCGACCCUAUGGUUAUGCGCCUUUACCCUGGUCGGCACGCCAGGCAGAUCCUUUGGCGAGGGAAAUUUUUCAGAAGGCCAGCCAAAGGCAACCCAUGGAAGAAAGACGGGAACUCUUGGGUCAAUCGGAUGCGGAAUUGCGCCAAAGGAAACCGGCACCGGUAGAUGGGGCGUUGGAAGACCUCAUGAAAGUUCACCAAGAUGCUCAAGAGCAAGUUGCCGAGGAGAUGCUGAAACUGACCCGAUCGCUCAAGGAGCAAUCCAUGGCAGCCGGCGAGAUCAUCCGAAAUGAUACGGCCAGCCUUGAACGAACCAAUGAGUUAGCCGAAGCGAAUCGAACCCGUCUAGGCUUAGAAUCCGAGCGUCUCAAUAAGCACACGCAACAGCUCUGUCGUUGGUGGAUAUGGCUCAUCAUUUUUUUGGUCACAGUCACUUUUGUGGCCAUGGUGAUGAUUAUGAAAAUCUUUCGGAAGCGCUGGUGAUGCCCGAUUUUACACCUGUGAUAUCGUUCAAUCAAUGGACCAUACAUACACAAAUCAAUAAACGUAAUUUGAUUUGA